AUGUCAACAACUCUACCACCACAACAUGAUCGAGAAGAUCAAUCUCAAACUUGGAAUCAAGUUCAAGAUCAAAGUGAAGCUCAAAUAUCACAAAAACCGUCGCAAAUAAUUUCUGUAAUUUCUUUGGUGAUGAAACUAGUCACCGUGGCUUGUUUGAUAGUGUCGACUAGUCUUUUUGCUUCCAAUUCUACAACUAUCAGAGGUUACUACACAGAGGCUUCCGUUCAUUUCAAUGAUAUCUAUUCAUAUAGAUACGCGCUUUCUACCGCUGUAAUAGGAUUGGCUUAUACAUUACUUCAAAUACCCUUUUCGAUACAUCAAGUCAUGACCUCGGGGAAGCAAUUGCCUAACCAUGCUAAGCUUCUCGUCUUCGAGUUUGUUGGUGACAAGGUUGUUAUGGGGUUAUUAGCAACAGGGGUGGGAGCUGCAUUCGGUAUUACGGUAGAUCUCAAGAAAAUCCUCAAUUCUUCUGUGGAUGACCUCGAACAAAAUUUGGACAUUACAACAUUGUCUCUUGCACGAGUGAAGCUCAAUGAUUUCUUCGAUAGAGUUUAUUUCCCGGCGGUACUCCUUCUCGUCGCUUUCUUAGCUUGUGGGGCUUCAUCUAUCGUCUCAUCCCUUGCCCUAUCGAACAAGACACGAAUACAAACACAAACAAACAUACACACAACAUAG